CAUGACACUGGCGCUGGGGCUGCUGCUGGGGCUCCUCUGUGGGGUCACGAGUGGGCUCCACUCCCUGCGCUAUUUCCACCUGGCAGUGUCAGAGCCCAGCCGGGGGCUGCCCCAGUUUGUGUCUGUGGGGUGCAUGGACGGGAGCCCCAUCACUCGCUACGACAGUGAGAGGAGGAGGAUGGAGGCCCUGGUGCAGUGGAUGAAGGCCAACCUGGACCAGCAGUACUGGGAUGGCCAAACCCAGCUAGGGCACAGCAACCAAGAGAUUGCCCUCCUGAGCCUGGGGAGAGAGCAGGGACGCUACAACCAGAGUGGGACAAGACAGGAAGUGAGUCCAGUUCUGGUGUUGGGCUGUCCUGACGACUGGGUUGGCUACUGCCAGCUCUGCUACUACCUGACAGGGGAGGAGGGCAGCUGGGACUGGAUCCAGCAGCAGUGCUGCUCGCUCGGGGCCUCGCUGGCUGUGCUCAGGAGGGAGUGGGAAAUGGAGUUUCUGCAGAGCCUCAAGGGUGCUGAAGAAUCUUGA